CCUCCUGCUCCUGGCCUCCCCCGGCGCAGCGCACUCCCCGCCCGCCCGCAGCCUGACACGCCGCGCGGUCCCUCAGUCUCCCGCGAUCGCCUCCCCAGGCAUGGCACAGGGCCUCGCCACACUAUGGCAGCAGCAAGGCACAGCACGCUCGACUUCACGCUCGGCGCCAAAGCUGAUGGUGAGGCCAUUCUGAAAGGCCUUCAGUCCAUCUUUCAGGAGCAGGGGAUGGCAGAGUCGGUGCACACCUGGCAGGACCAUGGGUAUUUAGCAACCUACACGAACAAGAAUGGCAGCUUUGCCAAUUUGAGAAUUUAUCCACAUGGAUUGGUGUUGCUGGACCUUCAGAGUUACGACAGUGAUGUGCAAGGCAAACAAGAAACUGACAGCCUUUUGAAUAAAAUAGAAGAAAAAAUGAAAGAAUUGAGUCAAGACAGUACUGGUCGGGUGAAGCGACUACCACCCAUAGUUCGAGGAGGGGCCAUUGACAGAUACUGGCCUACUGCUGACGGGCGCCUGGUUGAGUAUGACAUAGAUGAAGUGGUGUAUGACGAAGACUCACCUUAUCAGAACAUUAAAAUUCUUCACUCAAAACAGUUUGGGAAUAUUCUCAUCCUCAGCGGGGAUGUUAAUUUGGCAGAGAGUGACUUGGCAUAUACCAGGGCCAUCAUGGGCAAUGGUAAAGAAGACUACACUGGCAAAGAUGUACUGAUUCUGGGAGGCGGCGAUGGAGGCAUAUUAUGUGAAAUUGUCAAACUGAAACCAAAGAUGGUCACUAUGGUAGAGAUUGACCAGAUGGUAAUUGAUGGAUGUAAGAAAUACAUGCGCAGAACAUGUGGAGAUGUCUUAGACAAUCUUAAAGGAGAUUGCUAUCAGGUUCUUAUAGAAGACUGUAUCCCAGUACUGAAGAGGUACGCCAAAGAAGGGAGAGAGUUUGAUUAUGUGAUUAAUGAUUUGACAGCUGUCCCUAUCUCUACAUCUCCAGAAGAAGAUUCCACAUGGGAGUUUCUCAGACUGAUUCUUGACCUGUCAAUGAAGGUUCUGAAACAGGAUGGAAAAUAUUUCACACAGGGGAACUGUGUCAACUUGACUGAAGCCCUGUCGCUCUAUGAAGAACAGCUGGGGUGCCUGUAUUGUCCUGUGGAAUUCUCAAAAGAGAUUGUCUGUGUCCCUUCAUACUUGGAAUUGUGGGUAUUUUACACUGUUUGGAAGAAAGCUAAGCCUUAAAGAUGAGCAUCCCCUGAAUGAUGUGUUCUGCAAGCCACCUUCCUGACCUCCAUAUGCCAUAUAUGCCAUCACAUGAGUCAGGCAACUGUUCAUGAAUUCCUUCAAGUGGUUUUCUUUUUAAUUAUUAUUUUUAAUUUAAAAAAGCCAAUGGGAAAAAUGUAUAUUUUGAUGAGUUAGGGUGUUAAUUUUUAAAAG